GUGCCGACUGUCGGUCGCGGAAGAGGCAAAUUCCUGUCCAAUUUGCCGCCACCCGUCGGACGCACACAAUCGCCGCCGCGAACCGAGUCGUCCUCCAGUUCGUCGUCGGGACAGCCGUCGCCUUCAGGUCCGGUCGGGUCUCCACCCGAAGGAGGAAUCGCUAGUCUGACCAUCGAUGACGACGAACCCGUCCGUAUGGCUCCGCAAGAGCCCGACUCUAUCGCCAACAAACAGCGCGGAACUGAUGGCAAUCCCAUUAAUUUGAUUCUCAAUUACAUCAAACUCAAGAAAGAGAGUCAAAGCAUUGGGAUCUUUGAAUAUCACAUCUAUUUCAAGCCUCAAAUCGAUUCGCGACAGUUGAGGGCAAAGAUCUUAAAGCAGACAGAAGUGGCCGAAAAGAUCGGACCCGUCUAUCAGUUCACGGGAAUGAAUCUCUUUCUCAAUCACAAAGUGGAGGACCAGACCAUUGACACGACGACACCGAUCGACGGGUCGGCCAUCAAAGUGGAGCUGCAGUUUGUGAAGAUACCGCCCGCCAAUGAAUUGAUGCCAUUUUACAACACAAUCAUACGAAAGAUAUUUCGUGCCUUAAAACUGGUGCAAAUUCAGCGCCACUAUUACGACCCGUUGGCCAAAAUAGAGGUCCCGCAGCAUAAGCUGGAGAUAUGGCCGGGUUGGGCGCAGGCCGUCCAAGAACUCGAUGACGGACUGCUGCUGGUCUGCGACGCUUCCCAUCGAUUGCUUCGCACGUCGACCGCCAGAGAUGUGCUGCAAGACCUGUUCAGAACUCCCGAUGGAAAGCAGCGCUUCAAAGAGUACGCCCAGAAACGACUGGUCGGCUGUAUUGUGUUGACCCGUUAUAACAACAAACCCUAUCGCGUGGAUGACAUCGACUUCUCGCAGAACCCAAUGUCCACUUUUGAUUGGAACGGAACUCCAGUCACUUAUGUUGAGUACUUCAAGAAGUCAUGGCAGGUGGACAUCAAAGACCUGAAGCAGCCAUUGCUGGUCCACAGACCCAAACCUCGCAGAGGAGAAGAGGCGUCAGAUAUGCAGAUGAUAUGUCUCAUCCCAGAGAUCUGUUAUAUGACAGGUUUGACAGAUGAUAUCCGUGCGGACAAUCGAGUGAUGCGAGACAUCGCAUCUCAUACACGGAUCAAACCAACCAUAAGAAUGGCUAAACUCCAAGAGUUUAUUGAUAACGUCCGCAACAAUCCAAAUGCCCGGAAGUUCUUAACCGAUUGGGGUUUGGAUAUGGACGACAAGCCAUACCACACACAGGGCCGCACUAUGAUGGCCGACAAGAUCGUGUUGGGCAACGGCCAUACGGUGCCCGUCGGACCCAAGGCUGACUGGGCCCGCGAUGCCACUAAUAACGCUCUCUUCCACACAAUCAAUAUCAACAAAUGGGUGAUUGUGUUCACACAGAGAGACGCGGCCAAAGUGGACGAAUUUGUGAAGACAUUGAAGGCCGUCACCCGAAUGAUGGGCUUUACGUUCGGCGAUCCCGACAAACUGGUGGCCAACAAUGAUAUGCCCGCGAGUUAUAUCAAUGCCAUCAAAGGCGCCAACGUAUCACAGGCUCAGAUCAUUGUCUGUAUGACUCCCGGCUCCUCUCAACGCGAAGACCGAUACAACGCAAUCAAACGAUUGUGUUAUUGUGAGCUCGGAAUGCCUAACCAAGUGGUCAGAGCCAACACACUGUCCGACGCGAAGAUGCGCUCUGUUUGCCAAAAGAUCGCAAUUCAGAUGUCGUGCAAAGUCGGUGGUCAGCCGUGGGCUCUACCGAUUCCCUUCAAGUCGUGUAUGAUUGUAGGCAUUGAUGUCUAUCACGACCCGACACAGAAGGGAAAGUCGGUCGUCGGAAUGGUUGCGUCCGUCAAUCAGGCGGUCAGCCAAUGGUAUUCGCGCGUAUUCUUCCAGAACGCGCACACAGAGAUCGUCAAUACCAUUGAGUCGGGAAUCGUUGCGUGCCUUAAGAAGUUCUAUGAGGUGAACAACAGUCUCCCGCAGCGAAUCUUCGUCUACAGGGACGGUGUCAGUGACGGACAGUUACACACCGUCUAUAACUUUGAAGUCCAGCAACUGAUGAAUUCAGUGCUCGACUUUGGCAAAGCGUUCAACAAUUACGAGCCACAGGUGUCGUACGUUGUCGUCCAGAAGCGCAUUAACGCCAAACUGAUGAUGAAGAGGGGCUCAGAGCUG